CUCGCCCAAGAUCAAAGCCACCGGUGCUCUCUUUGUGUCCGCUCGGGAUUCGCCGCCCUGGGGCUGUCCAUGGAAACCUAAACUGCUGGAACCCGAGGCAGAGAACCCUUCUUGGCUUCUUGCUUUUUUUUUUUUUUUUUUUUUUUUCCUCUUCUUCGGGGGAAGGGUGGCCACUCCGACCUGGAUUUACCGUUCUUGGCCCCCCUAAGCCCCCCCGAGUGGGGGGCGGCUGUGAUCGCUCUGGCGGUUGGAGGUCGGGGAGCGGCCCGGGCUCUGGCCAUGUUCUCGGAUGAAGAUUUCUGGAUCGCCCUGUGAAGAGGUCUCCCCGAGAGGGCCCUGCCCAGUCGGAGAGAGGGAUGGACAGCCAGAAGCCGCCUGGUGAAGAUAAAGAUUCAGAACCGGCAGCUGAUGGACCUGCAGCCUCUGAGGAGCCAGGUGCCACUGAGCCAGACCUUCCUAACCUGUGUGUUGGGGAGGUCUCUGUCCCCAGUUCUGGGAGUCCCAGGCUUCAGAAGCCUCCUCAUGACUGCAGUGGGGGUCCAGCACGGCGUUGUGCUCUCUGUAACUGCGGAGAGCCCAGCCUGCACGGGCAGAGAGAGCUACAACGCUUUGAAUUGCCAUUUGACUGGCCCCGGUCUCCAGUGGUGUCCUCUGGGGGAAACCCGGGGCCCUGUGAAGCAGUGCUGCCCAGUGGGGACCUGUCACAGAUUGGUUUCCCUGAGGGCCUUACACCUGCCCACCUAGGAGAACCUGGAGGGCACUGCUGGGCACAUCACUGGUGUGCUGUGUGGUCAGCAGGUGUAUGGGGACAGGAUGGCCCGGAACUGCGUGGUGUGGACAAGGCCAUCUUCUCAGGGAUCUCACAGCGCUGCUCGCACUGCGCCAGGUUCGGUGCCUCCGUUCCUUGCCGCUCGCCGGGAUGCCCACGGCUUUACCACUUUCCGUGUGCCACUGCCAGCGGUUCCUUCUUAUCCAUGAACACACUGCAGCUGCUCUGCCCAGACCACAGAGAGAGGGCUGCACACUUGGAGGAGGCUCGCUGUGCAGUGUGUGAGGGACCGGGGGAGCUGUGCGACCUCUUCUUCUGUACCAGCUGUGGGCAUCACUAUCAUGGAGCCUGUCUGGACACUGCUCUGACUGCCCGCAAGCGUGCCGGCUGGCAGUGCCCUGAAUGCAAAGAGUGCCAAGCCUGCAGGAAACCUGGGAAUGAUUCUAAGAUGUUGGUCUGUGAGACCUGUGACAAGGGGCAUCAUACUUUCUGCUUAAAGCCACCGAUAGAGGGACUGCCUGCCCACUCCUGGAAGUGUGCGACAUGCCGAGUGUGCCGGGCCUGUGGGGCGGGCUCAGCAGAGCUGAGUCCCAACUCUGAGUGGUUUGAGAACUAUUCACUCUGUCACCACUGUCACCAAGCCCAGGGACGUCAGCCUGUCGCUUCCGUUGCCGAGCAGUGCCCACCUGUCCGUGGCAGAUUUCCACCCCCAGAGCCUGGUGACGUCCCCACUGAUGAGCCCGGUGCUCUCUACGUUGCAUGCCAACGGCAGCCAAAGGGUGGGCACGCGACCUCUAUGCAACCCAAGGACCCGGGGCCCCUGCAACGUGAAGCCAAACCACCAGGGAGAGCAGGGACCCAACUUGAAGCCCAGUUGGAGGCUCCCCUAAACGAGGAGAUGCCACUGCUGCCCUCGCCUGAGGAGUCACCCCUGUCCCCACCACCUGAGGAGUCACCUACAUCUCCACCACCCGAGGCCUCACGCCUGUCCCCGCCACCUGAGGAAUCACCUGAAUCUAUGCUACCUGAGACAUCACGCCUGUCCCCACCGACUGAGGAGUCACCCCUGUCUCCGCCACCUGAGGAGUCUCCUUUGUCUCCCCCACCUGAGGCCUCACCUUUUUCUCCAUUGGAGGAGUCACCCCGAUCUCCUGCACUAGAGACGCCCCUGUCCCCACCGCCUGAAGCCUCACCCCGGUCUCCACCAUUUGAGGAAUCUCCUCUAUCUCCUCCACCUGAGGAAUUGCCCACUUCCCCACCACCUGAAGCUUCUCGCCUGUCCCCUCCACCUGAAGAGUCACCCAUGUCCCCUCCACCUGAAGAGUCACCCAUGUCCCCUCCACCCGAGGCAUCUCGUCUGUUCCCGCCAUUUGAAGAGUCUCCUCUAUCCCCUCCGCCUGAAGAGUCGCCUCUGUCCCCCCCUCCGGAGGCAUCACGCCUGUCCCCACCCCCUGAGGACUCACCGAUGUCCCCCCCACCUGAAGUAUCACGCUUCUCCCCGCUGCCUGUCCUGUCACACUUCUCCCCCCUGCCUGAGGUAUCACGGCUGUCCCCACCACCUGAGGAAUCUCCCCUGUCCCCACCACCUGAGGACUCUCCCACCUCACCUCCACCUGAGGCUUCACGACUGUCCCCUCCCCCUGAGGACUCUCCCACCUCACCUCCACCUGAGGACUCCCUCAUGUCCCUACCGCGGGAGGGGUCGCCCUUGUCACCACAGCCUGAGGAACCGAGACUCUGCCCUCAGCCCGAAGAACCAUACUUGUCUCCUCAGCCCGAGGAGCCCCAACUCUGUCCCCAGCCCGAGGAGCUGCCCCUGUCUCCACAGUCUGAGGAGCCAUGCCUGUCCCCUAUGCUUCAGGAACCACACCUGUCCCCUCAGCCUGAGGAACCACACCUGUCCCCUCAGCCUGAGGAACCACACCUGUCCCCUCAGCCUGAGGAACCACAUCUGUCCCCUCAGCCUGAGGAACCACAUCUGUCCCCUCAGCCUGAGGAACCACAUCUGUCCCCUCAGCCUGAGGAACCACAUCUGUCCCCUCAGCCUGAGGAACCACAUCUGUCCCCUCAGCCUGAGGAACCACACCUGUCCCCUCAGCCUGAGGAACCACAUCUGUCCCCUCAGCCUGAGGAACCACAUCUGUCUCCCCAAUCUGAGGAGCCUUGCCUGUCCCCCAUGCCUGAGGAGCCAUGCCUAUCCCCCAAGCCUGAGGAACUAUACCAAUCUCCUCGGCCUGAAGAACCUCCUGAGGAACCAAGCCAGUGCCCUGCACCCGAGGAGUUGCCCUUGUUUCCCCCAGCUGGGGAGCCACCUUUAUCCCCCAUGCUCGGAGAGCCAGCCCUGACUGAGCCUGGGGACCCAUCUCUGUCCCCACUUCCUGAGGAGCUGCCCUUGUCCCUCUCGGGGGAGCCAGCCUUGUCACCUCAGCUGAUGCCACCAGAUCCUCUUCCUCCUCCGCUCUCACCCAUUCUUCCAGCGGCGGCUCCUCCUGCCCUGUCUCCUUUGGGGGAGUUAGAGUACCCCUUUGGUGCCAAAGGGGACAGUGACCCUGAGUCACCAUUGGCUGCCCCCAUUCUAGAGACACCUAUCAGCCCUCCACCAGAAGCUAACUGCACUGACCCUGAGCCUGUACCCCCAAUGAUCCUUCCGCCAUCUCCAGGCUCCCCGAUGGGACCUGCUUCUCCUAUCCUCAUGGAAUCCCUCCCUCCACCUUGUUCUCCACUCCUCCAGCAUUCCUUGCCUCCUCCAGCCUCUCCUCCCCGAUGUUCACCUCCCGCUCUGCCACUGUCUAUCCCCUCCCCACUGAGUCCUGUGCAGAAGGCAGUGGAUGUCUCAGAUGACGCUGAGCUGCAUGAGAUGGAGACUGAGAAAGGUCCAGAACCUGAGUGCCCAGCCUUGGAACCCAGGGCCACCAGCCCUCUGCCAUCCCCUAUGGGGGACCUUUCUUGCCCUGCCCCCAGCCCCGCCCCUGCCCUGGAUGACUUCUCUGGCUUGGAAGAAGACACAGCCCCUCUAGAUGGGACUGAUGCUAACACUUCACAGUCACAGACUGGACAGACCCCUGGCAGUUUGGCUAGUGAACUUAAAGGUUCUCCUGUGCUCCUGGACCCUGAGGAGCUGACCGCUGUGACCCCUAUGGAGGUCUAUGGCCCGGAUUGCAAGCAGGCAGGACAGGGCUCACCCUGUGAAGAGCAGGAGGAGCCUGGUGCACCAGUGGCCCCCAUGCCGCCCACUCUCAUCAAAUCAGACAUUGUUAAUGAGAUCUCUAAUCUGAGCCAGGGCGAUGCCAGUGCCAGUUUUCCUGGUUCAGAGCCCCUGCUGGGCUCUCCUGACCCUGAGGGGGGCGGCUCCUUGUCCAUGGAGCUGGGCGUGUCUACAGAUGUUAGUCCAGCCCGAGAUGAGGGCUCCCUGCGCCUCUGUACCGACUCACUGCCAGAGACUGAUGACUCACUGUUAUGUGACGCUGGGACAACUGUCAGCGGGGGCAAAGCGGAGGGUGACAAAGGGCGGCGGCGCAGCUCCCCGGCCCGGUCCCGGAUCAAACAGGGUCGUAGCAGUAGUUUCCCAGGAAGACGCCGGCCUCGUGGAGGAGCACAUGGCGGCCGAGGGCGAGGACGGGCUCGACUGAAGUCCACCACUUCUUCCGUUGAGACCUUGGUAGUGGCUGAUAUUGAUAGUUCUCCUAGCAAGGAGGAGGAGGAGGAAGAUGACGACACCAUGCAGAAUACGGUGGUUCUCUUCUCCAACACGGACAAGUUUGUUCUGAUGCAGGACAUGUGUGUGGUGUGUGGCAGCUUUGGCCGGGGGGCCGAGGGCCACCUCCUGGCCUGUUCCCAGUGUUCCCAGUGCUACCACCCUUACUGUGUCAACAGCAAGAUCACCAAGGUGAUGCUGCUGAAAGGCUGGCGUUGUGUGGAGUGCAUUGUGUGCGAGGUUUGCGGCCAGGCCUCCGACCCUUCACGCCUGCUGCUCUGUGAUGACUGUGACAUUAGCUACCAUACAUACUGCCUGGACCCUCCACUGCUCACUGUGCCCAAGGGUGGCUGGAAAUGCAAGUGGUGUGUGUCUUGUAUGCAGUGUGGGGCCGCCUCCCCUGGCUUCCACUGUGAAUGGCAGAAUAGUUACACACAUUGCGGGCCCUGUGCCAGCCUGGUGACUUGUCCUGUCUGUCAUGCCCCCUAUGUGGAGGAAGACCUGCUAAUCCAGUGUCGCCACUGUGAACGGUGGAUGCAUGCUGGCUGUGAGAGCCUCUUCACAGAGGAUGAAGUGGAGCAAGCUGCUGAUGAAGGCUUUGACUGUGUUUCCUGUCAGCCCUAUGUGGUGAAACCUGUGGCACCAGUUGCCCCACCAGAACUGGUACCAGUGAAGGUAAAAGAACCAGAGCCCCAGUUCUUUCGCUUCGAGGGUGUGUGGCUGACAGAAACUGGCAUGGCCGUGCUGCGUAACCUGACCAUGUCACCACUGCACAAGCGGCGCCAGCGGCGAGGACGGCUAGGCCUCCCAGGCGAGGCAGGGCUGGAGGGUUCUGAGCCCUCAGAUGCCCUUGGCCCUGAGGACAAGAAGGAUGGGGACCUGGACACUGACGAGCUGCUCAAGGGUGAAGGUGGGGUGGAGCACAUGGAGUGUGAGGUUAAGCUAGAAGGUCCUGCCAGCCCUGAUGUAGAACCUGGCAGAGAGGAGACAGAGGAGAGCAAAAAACGCAAGCGCAAACCCUAUCGGCCGGGCAUUGGUGGUUUCAUGGUACGGCAGCGGAAAACUCAUGCACGUGUGAAAAGGGGGCCUGCGGCACAGGCGGAGGUGUUGAGUGGGGAUGGGCAGCCCGACGAGGGUGAGAUGGUGAUGCCUCCUGAUCUGCCUACAGAGGGCUCUGUGGAGCCAAGCGUUGCUGAGGGGGACGAGAAGAAGAAGCAGCAGCGGAGAGGGCGCCGGAAGAGCAAGCUGGAGGACAUGUUCCCUGCUUAUUUGCAGGCAGCCUUCUUUGGGAAGGAACUGCUGGACCUGAGUCGGAAGGCCCUUUUUGCAGUUGGGGUGGGCCGGCCAAGCUUCGGAUUGGGAACUCAAAAGCCCCGGGGGGAUGGAGGUUCAGAGAGGAAGGAGCUCACUGCCUCGCACAAAGGAGACGAUGGUCCAGAUGUUGCAGAUGAAGAGUCCCGUGGUCUUGAGGGCAUGGCUGAUAUACCAGUUGCAGGGCUUGAGGAUGGGGGUGUAAAGGCAUCGCCAGUGCCCAGUGACCCUGAGAAGCCGGGUACCCCAGGUGAAGGAAUGCUUAGCUCCGACUUAGACAAGAUUCCCACAGAAGAACUGCCCAAGAUGGAGUCCAAGGACCUGCAGCAGCUCUUUAAGGAUGUGCUGGGUUCAGAAAGAGAGCAGCAUCUGGGUUGUGGAACUCCUGGCCUAGAAGGCAACCGUACACCACUGCAGAGGCCCUUUCUCCAAGGUGGACUCCCUUUGGGCAGCCUCCCUUCCAGCAGCCCAAUGGACUCCUACCCAGGCCUCUGCCAGUCUCCCUUCUUGGAUUCUAGGGAGCGCGGGGGCUUCUUUAGCCCAGAACCCGGUGAGCCAGACAGCCCUUGGACAGGCUCAGGGGGCACCACCCCCUCCACUCCCACCACCCCUACCACAGAGGGUGAGGGCGACGGACUGUCCUAUAACCAGCGGAGUCUACAGCGUUGGGAAAAAGAUGAGGAACUGGGCCAGCUCUCCACCAUUUCACCUGUACUCUAUGCCAACAUUAACUUUCCUAAUCUCAAGCAAGAUUACCCAGACUGGUCUAGCCGAUGUAAACAAAUCAUGAAGCUCUGGAGAAAGGUUCCAGCUGCUGACAAAGCCCCCUACCUGCAAAAGGCCAAAGAUAACCGGGCUGCUCACCGCAUCAACAAGGUGCAAAAGCAGGCUGAGAGCCAGAUCAACAAGCAGGCCAAGGUGGGCGACCUAGCCCGUAAGACUGAUCGACCGGCCCUCCAUCUCCGCAUUCCCUCCCAGCCAGGGGCACUGGGCAGUCCGCCCCCUGCUGCGGCCCCCACCAUUUUCAUCGGCAGUCCCACCACCCCUGCUGGCUUGUCUACCUCUGCGGACGGGUUCCUGAAGCCACCAGCGGGCACAGUGCCCGGCCCUGACUCACCUGGUGAGCUCUUCCUCAAGCUCCCGCCCCAGGUGCCCGCCCAAGUGCCUUCGCAGGACCCCUUUGGACUGGCCCCUGCCUACGCCCCGGAGCCCCGCUUCUCUGCGGCACCACCCACAUAUCCUCCUUACCCAAGCCCCUCUGGAGCCCCCGGCCAGCCCCCGAUACUGGGCACCACAACUCGACCUGGGACUGGCCAGCCAGGGGAAUUCCACACUACCCCACCGGGCACCCCCAGACACCAGCCUUCCACGCCUGACCCCUUCCUCAAACCCCGUUGCCCCUCAUUGGACAACCUGGCUGUGCCUGAGAGCCCAGGGGUAGCAGGAGGCAAGACAUCCGAGCCUCUUCUCUCACCCCCACCUUUUGGGGAGUCCCGGAAGACCCUAGAGGUGAAGAAGGAAGAGCUUGGGGCAUCCUCUCCUGGCUAUGGUCCCCCAAACCUGGGCUGUGUUGACUCACCCUCCUCAGGCCCCCAGCUGGGUGGCCUGGAGUUAAAGGCACCUGAUGUCUUCAAAGCCCCCCUCACCCCUCGGGCAUCUCAGGUAGAGCCCCAGAGCCCGGGCCUGGGCUUACGGGCCCAGGAGCCACCCCCUGCCCAGGCUUUGGCCCCUUCUCCUCCCAGCCACCCAGACGUCUUUCGUUCUGGCCCCUACACUGACCCCUAUGCCCAGCCCCCAUUGACUCCUCGGCCCCAGCCACCACCCUCUGAGAGCUGCUGUGCCCUGCCUCCUCGGUCACUGCCCUCUGACCCCUUCUCUAGAGUGCCCGCCAGUCCUCAGUCCCAGUCCAGCUCCCAGUCCCCGUUGACUCCACGUCCUCUGUCUGCUGAGGCUUUCUGCCCAUCCCCUGUUACCCCUCGCUUCCAGUCCCCCGACCCUUACUCUCGUCCACCCUCCCGCCCUCAGUCCCGUGACCCCUUCGCCCCAUUGCAUAAGCCACCCCGACCCCAGCCCCCUGAAGUUGCCUUUAAGGCUGGGCCCCUAGCCCACACUCCGCUGGGAGCUGGGGGCUUCCCAGCAGCCCUGCCCUCCGGCCCAGCAGGUGAGCUCCAUGCCAAGGUCCCAAGUGGACAGCCUCCCAAUUUUGCCCGUUCUCCUGGGACAGGCGCAUUUGUGGGCACCCCGUCUCCCAUGCGGUUCACUUUCCCACAGGGGGUGGGGGAGCCUUCCCUAAAGCCCCCUGUCCCUCAGCCUGGUCUCCCACCCCAUGGGAUCAACAGCCAUUUUGGGCCUGGCCCCACCUUGGGGAAGCCUCAAAGCACAAACUACGCAGUAGCCACGGGGAACUUUCACCCAUCAGGCAGCCCCCUGGGACCCACCACUGGGCCCACAGGGGAGGGCUAUGGGCUGUCCCCACUGCGCCCCGCGUCAGUUCUCCCGCCCCCCACACCCGAUGGACCCCUUCCCUACUUGUCCCAUGGAGCCUCACAAAGGGCAGGCAUCACCUCACCAGUGGAAAAGCGCGAAGACGCAGCAGGAGCUACAGUGAGCGGUGGCUCUUUGGCAACCCCUGAACUCUCAAGUACCCAGGAUGCAGGCAUGUCUAGCCUCAGCCAGACGGAGCUGGAGAAGCAGCGGCAGCGCCAGAGACUAAGAGAACUGCUGAUUCGGCAGCAGAUCCAGCGUAACAACCUGCGGCAGGAGAAGGAAACAGCUGCAGCAGCUGCAGGUGCCGUGGGGCCUCCAGGCAACUGGGGUGCUGAACCCAGCAGCCCUGCCUUUGAACAGCUGAGUCGAGGCCAGACCCCGUUCACCGGGUCCCAGGAGAAGAGCAGUAUUGUGGGGUUACCCUCAAGCAAACUAGGUGGUCCCAUCCUGGGACCAGGAGCCUUCUCCAGUGAUGACCGACUCUCCCGGCCACUUCCACCAGCCACACCUUCCGCCAUGGAUAUGAACAGCAGGCAACUUGUCGGAGGCUCCCAGGCCUUCUAUCAGCGCACACCAUAUCCUGGGUCCCUGCCUCUACAGCAGCAGCAGCAGCAGCAGCAGCAACUGUGGCAGCAGCAGCAGCAACAGCAGGCAACAGCAGCAACCUCCAUGCGACUUGCUAUGUCUGCUCGAUUUCCAUCAACUCCUGCACCAGAACUUGGCCGCCAAGCACUAGGCUCCCCCUUGGCAGGGAUCCCCACCCGCCUUCCAGGCCCUGCUGAGCCCGUGCCUGGUCCAGCUGGUCCUGCUCAGUUUAUUGAGUUGCGACACAAUGUGCAGAAAGGACUUGGACCUGGGGGAUCUCCGUUUCCUGGUCAGGGUCCCCCUCAGAGGCCCCGUUUUUAUCCGGUAAGCGAGGAACCCCAUCGAAUGGCUCCUGAAGGUCUUCGGGGCAUGGCUGCUUCAGGCCUUCCCCCACAGAAACCCUCAGCUCCACCAGCUCCUGAUUUGAACAACAGCCUCCAUCAGACACCCCAUACCAAGGGUCCUGCCCUACCGACUGGCUUGGAGCUGGUCACCCGUCCACCAUCAAGCACUGAACUUGGUCGCCCCCCUCUGGCCUUGGAAGCUGGCAAGUUGCCUUGUGAGGAUCCUGAGCUAGAUGAUGACUUUGAUGCCCACAAGGCCCUAGAGGAUGAUGAAGAGCUUGCUCACUUGGGUCUGGGUGUGGAUGUGGCCAAGGGUGAUGAUGAACUGAGCACCCUGGAAAACCUGGAGACUAAUGAUCCCCACCUAGAUGACCUCCUCAAUGGAGAUGAGUUUGACCUGCUGGCGUACACUGACCCAGAGCUGGACACCGGGGACAAGAAGGACAUCUUCAAUGAGCAUCUAAGGCUGGUGGAGUCAGCAAAUGAGAAGGCUGAGCGAGAGGCCCUGCUGCGGGGGGUGGAGCCAGUAUCCUUGGGCCCUGAGGAACGCCCUCCCCCUGCCACAGAUAACGCUGAGCCUCGCCUAACAUCUGUGCUCCCUGAGGUGAAGCCCAAAGUGGAGGAGGGAGGGCGCCAUCCUUCUCCUUGCCAGUUCACCAUUAACACCCCCAAGGUGGAGCCAGCACCUUCGGCCGCUCCCCUCAGCCUGGGACUUAAGCCAGGUCAGACUGUGCUGGGCAGCCGGGACACUCGAGUAGGUACAGGACCAUUCCCCAGCAGUGGGCACACAGCCGAGAAGGGCCCGUUUGGGACCACAGGAGGAGCACCAGCUCACUUGCUGAACCCCGGCUCACUGAGUGGCCCAGGUGGAUCCUCCCUUCUGGAAAAAUUUGAACUAGAGAGUGGGGCUCUCACCUUGCCCAGUGGACACGCAGCACCUGGAGAUGAGCUGGACAAGAUGGAGAGCUCACUCGUCGCCAGCGAGUUGCCGCUGCUCAUCGAGGACCUGUUAGAGCAUGAGAAGAAGGAGCUACAGAAGAAGCAGCAGCUUUCAGCCCAGCUGCAGCCUGCCCAGCAGCAGCAGCAGCAGCAGCAGCAACAGCAGCAGCAACAGCAGCAGCAACACUCCCUCCUUCCCGCGCCAGGCCCUGCACAGACCCUGCCUUUGCCGCAUGAGGCUGGGCCCCCACAGCAGCUCGCUCUGGGGCUUGGAAGUACUCGACAGCCAGGUUUGGGCCAGUCACUGAUGCCCACCCAGUCACCAGCUCACGCGCUUCAGCAGCGCCUGGCCCCGUCUGUGCCUAUGGUGUCUAACCAAGGGCAUAUGCUAAGUGGGCAGCAGGCAGGGCAGGCAGGCUUGAUGCCCCAACAGAGCUCCCAGCCAGUGUUAGCACAGAAGCCCAUGAACGCCAUGCCAGCUUCCAUGUGCAUGAAGCCCCAACAGCUGGCAGUGCAGCAGCAACAGCUGGCUAGCAGCUUCUUCCCCGACACAGAUCUGGACAAAUUUGCUGCAGAGGACAUCAUUGACCCUAUUGCAAAGGCUAAGAUGGUAGCUUUGAAAGGCAUCAAGAAAGUGAUGGCUCAGGGCAGCAUUGGGGUGGCCCCCGGAAUGAACAGGCAGCAAGUCUCACUGCUGGCACAGAGGCUCUCGGGGGGAUCUGGCUCUGAUCUGCAGAACCACGUGGCACCUGGGAGUGGCCAGGAGCGGAAUGCUAGUGACCCUUCUCAGCCUCGUCCCAAUCCACCCACUUUUGCCCAGGGAGUGAUCAAUGACGCUGACCAGCGGCAGUAUGAAGAGUGGCUGUUUCACACCCAGCAGCUCCUACAGAUGCAGCUGAAGGUGCUAGAGGAGCAGAUUGGUGUGCACCGCAAGUCUCGGAAGGCUCUCUGUGCCAAGCAGCGCACUGCCAAAAAGGCCGGCCGUGAGUUCCCGGAAGCUGACGCUGAGAAGCUCAAGCUGGUUACAGAGCAGCAAAGCAAGAUCCAGAAACAACUGGAUCAGGUCCGGAAACAGCAGAAGGAGCACACGAAUCUCAUGGCAGAAUAUCGCAACAAGCAGCAGCAGCAGCAGCAACAACAGCAGCAGCAGCAACAGCAGCAGCACUCAGCUGUACUGGCUCUCAGCCCUUCUCAGAGUUCUCGGGUACUCACUAAGCUGCCUGGCCAGCUGCUCCCUGGCCAUGGAUUACAGCCACCACAGGCACCUCCAGGUGGGCAAGCUGGAGGUCUUCGCCUGCCUCCGGGAGGUAUGGUACUCCCUGGACAGCCCGGUGGUCCGUUCCUCAAUACUGCCUUGGCCCAGCAGCAGCAGCAGCAGCAGCAACAACAGCAGCAGCAUCCUGGUGUGGCUGGAUCCUUGACUGGCCCCUCAGGGAGCUUCUUCCCUGGUAAUCUUGCUCUCCGAAGCCUUGGACCUGACUCAAGGCUUUUUCAGGAAAGGCAACUACAGCUGCAGCAGCAACGAAUGCAGCUGGCCCAGAAAUUGCAGCAGCAGCAGCAGCAGCAACAACAGCAGCAGCAGCAGCACCUCUUAGGGCAGGUGGCAGUCCAGCAGCAGCAGGGUCCCCCCGGAGUACAGAACCAGACUCUGGGUCCCAAGCCUCAGGGUCUUCUGCCUCCCAGCAACCACCAGGGCCUCCUGGUGCAACAGUUGUCCCCCCAGCAAUCACAGGGCUCCCAGGGCAUGCUGGGUCCUGGCCAGGUUGCAGUGCUGCAGCAGCAGCAGCAGCAGCAGCACUCUGGAGCUUUGGGUCCUCAGGGCCCUCACAGACAGGUGCUUAUGACUCAGUCCAGGGUGCUGAGUUCCCCUCAGCUGUCGCAGCAGGGUCACAGCCUUAUGGGACACCGACUGCUCACAGCCCAGCAGCAACAGCAGCAGCACCAACAACAGGGCUCUAUGGCAGGCCUUUCCCAUCUUCAGCAAGGAAUGAUGUCACAUGCUGGACAGCCCAAAAUGAGUGCUCAGACGUUGGGCUCCUUGCAGCAACAGCAGCAGCAGCUGCAGCAGCAACAACUGCACCUUCAGCAGCUGCACCAACAACAACAGCUUCAGCAACAACAGCAACAUCUUCAGCAGCAGCAACAGCUCCAGCAGCAGCAACAACAACAGCAACAUCUUCAGCAGCAGCAGCAGCUGCAGCAGCAACAGCAACAGCAACAUCUUCAGCAGCAGCAGCAGCAGCAGCAGAUGGGCCUCUUGAAUCAGAAUCGAACUUUACUAUCUCCUCAGCAGCAGCAGCAGCAGCAGCAGCAGCAGCAACAGCAACAGCAGCAGCAGGUGACCCUUGGCCCUGGCAUGCCAGCCAAACCUCUUCAACACUUUUCUAGCCCUGGAGCCCUAGGCCCAACCCUCCUCCUGACAGGCAAGGAACAAAACAUUGCAGAGACAUCACUUCCUUCAGAGGUCACUGAGGGACCCUCCACCCAUCAAGGAGGGCCACUAGCAGUGGGGACUACACCUGAGUCAAUGUCUGUUGAACCAGGGGAGGUAAAGCCCUCCAUUUCCGGAGACUCACAACUCCUGCUUGUCCAAUCCCAGGCCCAGUCUCAGCCCGCCUCAAUGCAGCUGCAGCCACCACUAAGGCUCCCAGGACAACCCCAACAGCAAGUUAACUUGCUCCACACAGCGGGUGGAGGAAACCAUGGGCAGCAGCUAGGGAGUGGAUCCUCUUCCGAGGCCCCAUCUAUACCCCACCUGCUGACCCAACCCUCUGUUACCUUAGGGGAGCAGCCUGGGCCUAUGGCCCAGAACCUUCUGGGUUCCCAACAGCCCCUUGGGCUAGAUCGGCCCAUUCAGAACAAUACAGGGCCACAGCCUCCCAAAUCGGGCCCUGUCCCUCAGUCUGCACAGGGUCUUCCUGGGGUUGGAGCCAUGCCUACGGUGGGUCAACUUCGAGCACAGCUCCAAGGAGUCCUGGCCAAAAACCCACAGCUGCGGCACUUGAGUCCGCAGCAGCAGCAGCAGCUGCAGGCCCUCCUCAUGCAGCGGCAGUUGCAGCAGCAGCAGAGUCAGGCAGUACGCCAGACUCCACCGGUCCAGGAGCCUGGGACCCAGCCCUCUCCUCUCCAGGGCCUCUUGGGCUGCCAACCUCAACCUGGGAGUUUUUCUGGAUCUCAGACUGGAUCCCUCCAGGAGCUAGGGGCAGGGCCUAGACCUCAGGGCCCACCCCGGCUCCCUGUCCCACAAGGAGCCUUAUCUACAGGACCAGUGCUUGGCCCUGUCCAUCCCACACCUCCACCAUCCAGUCCCCAAGAGCCAAAGAGACCUUCACAAUUACCUUCCCCCAGUGCCCAGCUAACCCCUACCCAUCCAGGGACUCCAAAGCCCCCAGGGCCAACCUUGGAGCUGCCUCCUGGGAGGGUCUCACCUGCUGCUGCCCAGCUUGCAGAUACAUUCUUUGGCAAGGGGCUGGGACCUUGGGACCCCUCAGAAAACCUAACCGAAGCCCAGAAGCCAGAGCAGAGCAGCCUGGUAUCUGGGCAUCUGGAGCAGGUGAAUGGACAGGUGGUACAUGAGCCACCCCAACUCAGCAUCAAGCAGGAGCCUCGGGAAGAGCCAUGUGCCCUGGGCGCACAGGCAGUGAAAAGGGAGGCCAAUGGGGAGCCAGCAGGGACACCGGGCACCAGCAACCACCUUCUGCUAGCAGGCUCCCGCUCAGAGGCCGGGCAUCUGCUCUUGCAGAAGCUUCUACGGGCAAAGAAUGUUCAACUUGGUACUGGGCGGGGGCCUGAGGGGCCUCGGUCUGAGAUCAACGGACACAUUGACAGCAAGCUGUCGGGGCUGGAGCAGAAACUCCAGGGUCCUCCCAGCAACAGAGAGGACGCAGCCACAAGAAAGCCUUUGCCAGUGAAGCCCAAGCGGGCACAGAAGGCGAGUGACAGGUUGGUGAGCUCCCGAAAGAAGCUGCGGAAAGAAGAUGGGGUCAGGGCCAACGAGGCCUUACUGAAACAGCUAAAACAGGAACUGUCCCAGCUGCCCCUGACAGAGCCUACCAUCACCGCCAACUUUAGCCUCUUCGCUCCCUUUGGCAGCGGCUGCCUAGUCAGUGGGCAGAGCCAGCUCAGGGGGGCCUUCGGAAGUGGGGCUCUACACACCGGCCCCGACUACUAUUCUCAGCUGCUCACCAAGAAUAACCUGAGUAACCCGCCGACACCACCCUCGUCGCUGCCCCCCACCCCACCCCCAUCGGUGCAGCAGAAGAUGGUGAAUGGUGUUACUCCCUCUGACGAGCUGGGGGAGCACCCCAAGGAUGCAGCCUCUGCCCAGGACACUGAAGGAACAUUGAGGGAUGCUGCAGAGGUGAAGAGUUUAGACCUGCUGGCUGCUCUGCCCACACCCCCUCACAAUCAGACUGAGGAUGUCAGGAUGGAGAGUGAUGAGGACAGUGACUCCCCUGACAGCAUCGUGCCGGCGUCGUCCCCUGAGAGCAUCCUUGGGGAAGAGGCCCCACGUUUUCCACAGCUGGGCUCUGGCCGGUGGGAGCGGGACAGUCGGUCCCUCUCUCCUGUCAUCCCUAUCAUCCCCCGUGCCAGCAUCCCUGUCUUCCCAGAUACAAAACCUUAUGGGGCCCUUGACCUGGAGGUCCCUGGAAAGCUGCCUGCUGCAGCUUGGGAGAAAGGCAAAGGAAGUGAGGUGUCCGUCAUGCUGACAGUCUCUGCCGCCGCCGCCAAGAAUCUGAAUGGUGUGAUGGUAGCAGUGGCAGAGUUACUAAGCAUGAAGAUACCCAACUCCUACGAGGUGCUGUUCCCAGACAGCCCUGCCCGAGCUGGCCUUGAGCCUAAGAAGGUGGAAGCGGAGGGCCCUGGUGGGAAAGAAAAAGGUUUGAGUGUCCGGGGCCCUGACGCUGGACCUGAUUGGCUAAGGCAGUUUGAUGCCGUGUUGCCUGGCUACACCCUUAAGAGCCAGUUAGACAUCUUGAGCCUCCUGAAACAGGAGAGUUCUGCCCCAGAGCCAUCCACCCAGCACAGCUACACCUACAAUGUCUCCAACCUGGAUGUGAGGCAGCUCUCCGCCCCGCCUCCUGAGGAACCGUCCCCACCUCCAUCCCCUUUGGCACCUUCUCCUGCCAGCCCCCCCGCUGAGCCCCUGGUUGAACUUCAGGCUGAACCCUCUGCUGAGCCACCAAUCCCUUCGCCUUUACCACUGGCUUCCUCCCCUGAAUCUGCCCGGCCCAAACCCCGAGCCCGGCCCCCUGAAGACAGCGAAGAUUCCCGUCCCCCACGCCUCAAAAAGUGGAAAGGGGUACGCUGGAAGCGACUGCGACUGCUGCUUACCAUCCAGAAGGGCAGCGGGCGGCAAGAGGACGAACGGGAAGUGGCAGAGUUUAUGGAGCAGCUCGGUACAGCCUUGAGACCAAACAAGGUGCCUCGAGACAUGCGACGGUGCUGCUUCUGUCAUGAAGAGGGAGAUGGUGCCACUGAUGGGCCUGCCCGCCUCCUCAACCUUGACCUGGACCUCUGGGUACACCUCAACUGUGCCCUGUGGUCCACGGAGGUGUAUGAAACCCAGGGUGGGGCACUGAUGAAUGUGGAGGUGGCCCUGCACCGAGGACUGCUGACCAAGUGCUCCCUGUGCCAGCGAACUGGUGCCACUAGCAGCUGCAACCGCAUGCGCUGCCCCAGUGUCUACCACUUUGCCUGUGCCAUCCGUGCCAAGUGCAUGUUCUUCAAGGACAAGACCAUGCUGUGUCCGAUGCACAAGAUCAAGGGGCCUUGUGAGCAGGAACUGAGCUCCUUUGCUGUCUUCCGGAGGGUCUACAUUGAACGGGACGAGGUGAAGCAGAUCGCCAGCAUCAUCCAGCGGGGUGAGCGGCUACACAUGUUCCGAGUAGGAGGUCUUGUGUUCCAUGCCAUUGGGCAGCUGCUCCCACACCAGAUGGCUGACUUCCACAGUGCCACGGCCCUCUAUCCUGUGGGCUAUGAGGCUACUCGCAUCUACUGGAGUCUUCGGACCAACAAUCGCCGCUGCUGCUACCGCUGCUCCAUCAGCGAGAAUAACGGACGGCCGGAGUUUGUGAUCAAAGUCAUUGAGCAGGGUUUAGAAGACCUGGUCUUCACUGAUGCCUCUCCCCAAGCUGUAUGGAACCGCAUCAUUGAACCUGUGGCAGCCAUGAGAAAAGAAGCAGACAUGCUGAGGCUCUUCCCCGAGUACCUAAAAGGCGAGGAGCUCUUUGGGCUGACAGUGCACGCAGUACUUCGCAUAGCCGAGUCGCUACCUGGGGUGGAGAGCUGUCAGAACUAUUUAUUCCGCUAUGGGCGCCACCCCCUGAUGGAACUGCCACUCAUGAUCAACCCCACCGGCUGCGCCAGAUCAGAACCUAAAAUCCUCACACACUACAAACGGCCCCAUACCUUGAACAGCACCAGCAUGUCUAAGGCAUAUCAGAGCACCUUCACAGGCGAGACCAACACCCCAUACAGCAAGCAGUUUGUGCACUCCAAGUCAUCUCAAUAUCGGCGCCUGCGCACUGAGUGGAAGAACAAUGUUUACCUGGCUCGCUCCCGUAUCCAGGGCCUAGGGCUCUAUGCAGCCAAGGACCUAGAAAAGCACACGAUGGUCAUCGAGUACAUUGGCACCAUCAUCCGCAAUGAGGUGGCCAAUCGGCGGGAGAAAAUAUACGAGGAGCAGAACCGAGGCAUCUACAUGUUCCGGAUAAACAAUGAACACGUGAUUGACGCUACGUUGACUGGAGGCCCUGCCAGGUACAUUAACCACUCCUGUGCCCCUAACUGUGUAGCAGAGGUCGUAACAUUUGACAAGGAGGACAAAAUCAUCAUCAUCUCCAGCCGGCGGAUCCCCAAAGGAGAGGAGCUGACCUAUGACUAUCAGUUUGAUUUCGAGGACGAUCAGCACAAGAUCCCCUGUCACUGUGGAGCCUGGAACUGUCGGAAAUGGAUGAACUAAGAAGCUUUGAGGCUACCAGGCAGGGGAACACCCCACCCCCCGCCUCUUCCCUGAAAGGGAUGAGGGGGAAGAGCGGUAGCAGCCAGAGCUAGGACCCAGGGCUGGAGCUGCCGGCCGACCAGAGCCCCUGGAGCAGGAGGCUGGGGCAGAGGGCCCUAGGCCAAGCCCACCCUGGGCACCAGGGACAACCUUCUUCCCUGCCACCGGCCCUUAGGCUGGCAUCUCUGCCCCCAGCUCCAGGAGGGGACAGACAGAAGCAGCCACUGGGCAUCUCAGGUUUGAGGGGGAUAUGGGCCGGGAACUACCCAGAAGUGUCUGGGAGGCAGCAGGGAGGGAGGAGGAGGAUGUGUGGCCGGGCCUCACAGCCCUGCUGCCUCCACCGGCCUCUCUGGCCCAACUCAAGGCUGCAAAGAGACUUGACUAAAAGCUUGACAAUCCCAAAGGCCGGGUCCCACACCUGGCCCUGCCUGCCGGGUCCUGCCCCUGCCCUCACCCCCAUCCCCUUCCUCUCUUCUGUCUCUGUCUCCCUCUUUCCUCUGUGUUUCUGUCUCUCUAUGGGUUGUGUUUCCUUGUUUUCCACUCUGACAAAUGCAACAUGAUGGGAAAGAGGCAUCCAGAUGCCCAGGAGGGCAAGCUGGGCAAGCCGGGCAAGGAGACCCCGCACCCACACCUACCUCAUUUAAGUGUUGGAUUUUUUGCUGUUUUGAAAUGUGAGACCCUCUCCAAGCCCCCACUGCCCUGUCCCCCUCCCCCACCUCACUGCCCUCUUCUAGUGGGUGGAGGGGGGGUAGGAGGAGGAAGCAACAACAGUAACAACAAAAAAAUCCAUCUUUGUUUUUAAUGAUGGGCAUGGGAUGGUGGCUGAGGCAAACGGUGAUGGAGACUGGGGAUGACUGGUCCCUAGUUGCUCUAGAACUUCCUUCUCCAUCUGGACAUGGAGGCAGGAGGGGGUGUGCUAAACCUAGGACCAGGAUCUCUCUCUCCUGUUUUCCCAGCCUCAUCCUUAGCCCAUUUGCCCUCCAGCCCCUGGAUGGGGUGUGGGGGGUAGGGUGAGGGCUAUCCCUGUGUGGCAUGCCCAUACCCAGUGAGGCAGGGUGUGGCCCAGAGCUCUCACUUUCCCUCAGUCACCAAACUGCUGCUGGUCUGGUGGGAAUGGGUGGUGAUGUGGGGGUGGGGAGCUUAGUGUCAGCGCGGGGAGGGUGGGGGGUAUUUAUCUAUUUAUACAUGGGGUUGUACAUAGUCUUGUGGGACAUGGGGGAGCCGGCUGGAGGUGAGAACCCUCCCCUCUCCCCCAACCCCCGGGGAGAGCAAAUGUAAAACUACUAAUUUUUGUGCUUUAUAUAUUCUAUAUAAAUAUAUCUAUUUUCUUUUUACAAAACCAGUUUAUAAAUGGUAGGGGGGUGUGGGGCGGACACAUGGAGCUCCCCUUGUGGGGGGGCCCCCUCCACUACCCAACCUACCGCCCUUUCCUCACCCCCCCUUUCCCACCCCCUGGCUGUGACUGCUGUAAGGUGGGGGUAUAGAGAGAAGCUGGGUGAUCCUCACCCCAGUUGUAUAGUUGGACUAUGAUAUAACGCACAAAAGUAAGCUGGCCCCAGGGGGAGCCAGAGGGUGAUGGGUUCCCUGAUCCUCCUUUUCCCUUCCUCUUCUGCCCAAGCUUGUGCUGCAGGUAAACCUCUUCCUGGGGGUGGUGGUAGGGUGAGGGUGUGUGAGGCCUCCGACUGCUCUCUGUAGGGAGCCAUGGGGAUGAAGAUGAAGCUUAUAUGCAGUUCUCUCCUGGGGGCUGUGGGCAAAGGGCAUUUUGUAAUUAAUAUUUCCAAGAAUCAGAUAUCUGGACUGUAGAGAUGGGCUUGAUGGUGGCACAUGAGAGGCCUGCUGAGGGGUAGCACGAGUGCUGUUGUGAUCUUAGGUUUUUGUUUUGUUUUAAAUUUGGGGGAUUGUGGAUUGAUGGGGGUAGGGAGAUUU